GGUUUCAUACCCGCCUGCCAGCUGACUCAUGAAAAAUACACAGCAUCGCGCUCCAGUGUCUCAUUGCAUUUAGCACUUACACUAACCAAACCCCAUUGUUAUUUUAGCUCAACACUGAGGAAUAUGCUGAAUGCCUCUUCUGAGCACCUUGCUUGUUUUUUGAAGGAGCAGCCCUCCUGUAUUUCUAUUUAUGUUUCGAAAAUGAGCCCUUCCACAUAUAUAAUGGAUUAUGACCUGCAGGAACAAGGCCACAAACGUAACAUGUUCACUGGAAAGACUGCAAACUGGCUGAUAAAACAAAAUCACACACAGUGUGGAGUUCGUUUAUCACGCUCUGGAAAUUCAGUCACUGAAGUGACACAAUGACAAGAGCCCGUGACCGAUCAGCACCUCACACACGGACACGCCAGACUUGGAACACUGCCAGCGCAACAGCCAGCGAGCACUCCCGCACUUCCUCCUUCCUAUCACCGGUUUAUGAAUAAAACCACCCUCUGUGGCCUUUUCUUUGCACUCCUUGCUUUCGUGUGAUUCUUCACCCCGUUACACUGUUGGAGAAGCGUGAAGAAUCACCGACAGCCGCCCUUACCCUAAAAAAAAAAUAAUAAUAAUUUUUUUUGAUUGUUUUUUUUUUCUUCCCUCUCCCUCUCUCUGUGCAGGCAGACGCUCCUCCCCUCAUCAUGGAAGAAUUCCUCAAACAUCUUACCGAGGUCAGCAUCCUCCAGCAACAAAUUGUUGAACACCUUGCUAGCCGUCGGGGGAGACGGAACGUGAGCUCGCCAUCUUUCAGGCAGGCCGACACGCUCCACCGCCUGAUCCCCAUGUCCAGACCGCGCAGCUGAUAGCGAAAAUGACUGCCCACGAUGACGUGGAGAUGUUUCUGGAGAUGUUCGAGAACGUCGCCACACAAAAGCGCUGGGAACACCCGGGCUGGGCAUGGCUGCUCACCCCACUCUUAACUGGCGAGGUGCAGCGUGCCUAUUUCUCCCUCCCAUUCGAGGUCAGUGAGAACUACGAAGAACUGAAGUGGGAAAUCCUGUCUCGGGUGGGGUUGUCGCCGAUCGCCGCGGCGCAACUGUUCUUCGACUGGGAAUACAACGCACAAUCCCCAGCCCGGGCAGGACAGCAGCAGAACUCUCCUGGCUCGCACGGCAUUGGCUGCUGGCCGGGGAUCCCAUUGCUAUCCAGGUGGCGGAGCGUGUGGUUAUCGACUGGCUCCUACGUACCCUACCCCGCCCCGCCCCGCCCCCACCGUCAAGCGACAGGAAUGCGGAAUCCCACUACGCUCGGCGAGCUGGUGGAAAUGGUCGAGCUGGCGGAUGCGGCCCAACAACGAGAGGCUGGGGAGCAAGCGCCGCCGUUUCCACAGAGGGUGGUCCAGGAGCGAUGCAUGCUGGAGGGUGCCUCACGACCAGUGAGCAGGCCGGCGGCUCCCGCACCUCAGGACGAGCCUAUGCCCACCGAACCACCCCGCCCUUCCAUGCAGACAUGUCUGGAAGGCUGCACCGUCCACCGCAUCCCACUUGGGGGGCUCCACGAGCCGAGGUGAAAGUGAAUGGCCACCAGUUUGAAGCUGUCCUGGACUCCGGGAGUGCCGUCAGCCUCGUCCACCCUACCGUUUUGUACCCCCGCCCAAAGUCUAGAGCCCACCUGGCCAUCACGUGUGUCCACAGAGACACCCAAGAGGUAGCAGCGCGUCGGGUCACCAUUUUGGCAUCGCCAGGGUCUUGGCCGGUCGAAGUGGGGAUCGUUAAGGACCUCCCUGUGCCGAUGCACCUGGGGAGGGAUUGGCCCAGGUUUGACCACCUCCUUCUCACCGCCACCCAGCCUGCCAACCCCCCGUGGGAGCCGCCGAAGACCCCUACGAGCAAAGGGAGGCCAACGUCAUUCUGUGCUGCUGGCCUCAGACACCUCAGGGCCCAGCACACCAUCCAACAGAUCCGUGAUCGCUUCCACUGGCCUAGCCUGGACGCCGAGGUGAAGCGGGUCUGCCAGGCGUGCCCAACCUGUCAACAGAUGUCACCACGGACACCACCCCCGAGUCCGCUAAUUCCGCUGCCCAUCAUUGAGGUGCCCUUCAAGCGGAUUGGGAUGGAUCUAGUGGGGCCGCUGCCAAAGUCCGCCCAGGGACACGAGCACAUCCUGGUGAUCGUCGAUUAUGCCACCCGGUACCCUGAGGCUAUUCCCCUGCGUAAAGCCACCGCCAAUGCCAUCGCCUAA